CAGGGCUCGGCGGACUCUUUAGUGUGAGGCACAAGGAGCAGGGCCGGGCGGACUUCUCAGUGUGAGGCACAAGGAGCAGGGCCGGGCGGACUUCUCAGUGUGAGGCACAGGAAACACAUGUCGCUGUUCCUCACGUCACAUGUUAGCACUGGAGAGUACCAAGAUGGCGGCCGAGCAGCAGACGCAGGACAGUGAUGAAAUGGAAAGCUACGAGAAGUUCCUUCAGAGAAAAGAAGAGCUUGCUUCUCAGGAACGUUAUGAAGAGGAUAGUGAGGAAGAAGAGGAAGAAGAUUUUGAUGAAGAUGAUGGAUGGUACUGGGAAAACAGCAGCACAAAUAUUACCAAGCAUUAUACAUCUACAAGAGCGAGUAACCCCCAGGCUAACAGACAAGAUAUGAAAAAUUGUUCAUCUAAGGCCUAUACAGCGACGGACAAAGUCUUACAGAAGUAUGAAAAUAAAAUAAAUCUAGGUAGACUGAAUCUUUCUGACUCCGUUAUGAACAAAGUAACUGAAAAAUCCAGACAAAAAGAAUCAGACCAGUACCGGGUUAAAGACAAGUCUGAUAGAGCCACUGUUGAGCAGGUUCUGGACCCAAGGACAAGGAUGAUUCUUUUUAAGAUGCUAACUAGAGGGAUUAUAUCAGAAAUCAAUGGAUGUAUCAGCACAGGCAAAGAAGCGAAUGUCUACCAUGCUAGCACUUCAGAUGGAGGAAGCAGGGCCAUUAAAAUUUAUAAAACCUCAAUCCUGAUGUUUAAAGAUCGCGAUAAAUACGUGAGUGGGGAAUUCAGGUUUCGACAUGGCUAUUGCAAAGGAAAUCCUCGUAAAAUGGUGAGGACGUGGGCUGAAAAAGAAAUGAGGAAUUUAAUACGGCUGAACACUGCUGGGAUCCCCUGUCCAGAGCCAGUUAUGCUGAGAAGUCACGUUCUUGUGAUGGAAUUUAUUGGGAAAAAUGAAACGCCUGCUCCAUUGUUAAAAAAUGUCCAGUUGUCAGACUCUAAAGCUCGGGAGAUUUAUUUAGACGUCAUGCAUUACAUGAGAAAAAUGUACCAGGAUGCCAGACUUGUACAUGCAGACCUUAGUGAAUUUAACAUGCUUUACCACAAUGGGCAGAUAUAUAUCAUUGAUGUGUCUCAGUCAGUGGAACAUGAUCAUCCACAUGCUUUGGAGUUUCUUCGGAAAGACUGCCUCAAUGUGAAUGAUUUCUUUGUGAAGCAUGGAGUUGCGGUCAUGACUGUGCGAGAACUUUUUGAAUUUGUUACGGACCCUUCAGUUAAUCAGGAUAACAUUGAUUCGUAUUUAGAGAAGUCAAUGGAAAUAGCAGGUAAAAGAACGGAACAAGAAAGAUCAAAUCAAGAUAAAGUAGAUGAAGAGGUAUUUAAGAAAGCGUACAUUCCUCGGACUCUAAAUGAAGUCAAGAACUUUGAAAGGGAUAUAGACCUAAUGCAGAAGUUGAAAGAAGAAGAUAUGUCGUUGAACACUCAGCAGGAUAAUAUUCUAUAUCAGACUGUGAUGGGCCUGAAGAAAGAUUUGUCAGGUGCUGAAACGGUACCAGCUUUACUGCAGAAAAGUGAAGAGGAGCAACAUGAUGGAUCCGGCUCUGAUUCCGAUAGUUGUGAUGAGUCGGGGUCAGAUUCCGAAGAUGUUCACCCCAAAGAUCAAACUCCUGCGUCUGAAAUAGAUAAAAAGGAAAGGAAAAAAUUGGUAAAAGAAGCACAAAGAGAGAAAAGAAAGAAUAAGAUCCCAAAGCACGUGAAGAAGAGGAAAGAGAAGACGGCGAAAACGAAAAAGGGCAAAUAGACUGUCUACUGAUGUACAGCAAGACUUGCUGUGUGAUACAUCCAUCUUACAGAUGAGCUGGCAGCAAUACACUGUGUGUAUAGACGUGCAGGAAUGAAAAGGACUAAUGUUCUCAGCAAGUGGGAAAACAUCUUGCCAGUCUGCAUACUGCUUUCUCACAACAUGAAAGAAGAUUUAUAACUUUUAAAUACACGUACAAUAUUACAGUUUUGCUGUUUGUUUGUUUUUUGUUUAGAAACUUUUAUAUAGGUAAGAAAUGCAGAUGAGUGGCACAACGCGCCUGACUGGGGCACAAAUAUAUGAAAUGUUAAGAGUUUUGAUACCUGGUGCUGCUUUUGUUGCAGGGAAACUGCAGUCCAAUUAAAUACAUAGACAGGACUUGGUGAAAGUGCCCCUGUUGUAAACCUGACCUAUUAAAGGACAACAGCAGCAUUAUAACACUUAUCCCCUAUCCACAGGAUAGGGGGUGUGUUUGGGGGGGGGGGGUCUGACUGCUGGAACCCACUGUGAUCUCCUGAACGGAGCCCCCGCAUUAUUGCACAGUGAGAUUGCUAAUGCGUGUAGCGUCGACCUAGAGAGGUCUACGGUUAUGCCCCCUCCACAUUCAGCUCUAUGGGAGAGGCAGGGAGGCAUGAACGCUGCCUCCCCGCCUCUUCCAUAGAACUACAUUGCGGCCAAUACGCCUCCUGCACGGGAGAGCCUUGGCAGAGCCAUGGCCCUGUGUAGGAGAUCGCGCAGGGUCCCAGCGUUCGGACCCCCCUGCAAUCACACACUUAUUCCCUAUCCUGCAGCUAGGGGAAAAGUUGUUUUCGUCAGCAGAUGGCCUUUAAUAAUGCAGGCAGCAUGUUAUAUAGCAGGAGGAGCUAAGCAGAUUGAUAUAGAGUUUACUCAGAAGAACUUAUUUAUUAAUGUACAUUUGUGCUUAUUCAGGGCAUAGGAGUCCAGUGGGCGGUCCUACUCAGUGAUUGGCAGCCCUCCCUUUAUGUGUGCAUACAAAGGUAGCUGUCAGUCAUUGAUUAGGUCGGCCCACUGGACUCAAGCCCUACAUAAGCAUGAAUUAAAACAAAUAAUUGACACUAUUUCCUUCUAUGUAACCUGCUGCCUGCAGAUUGGACUGCAUUUUCAGUGUGGCAGAAUUCACUAGAUUCUUAAGAAUAUAAAAAAAUAAACAACAAAACCUGAUAUCUUAUUUUUUCUUGUCCUUUUUUCACACAUAAGAAAUAAAACAAAUAAAAACAGUGUUAUGGCUAGA